AUGUCGCCACGGGUGAUAUUCUUGCUGCUCGGCAGUUUCUUAACAGCUCAAGCGGUCUUCGAGUGCAGUUCCCACGAGACGACAGCCUUCGUUCGUAUCCCACGCGCCCGUCUUGAUGGAACCCCAGUCGUCAUUUCUACAGCAGGACACGACUUGACCUGUGCCCAAUACUGCCGUAACAACAUCGAACCAACCACCGGAGCCCAAAGAGUCUGCGCCUCCUUCAACUUCGACGGUCGUGAGACAUGCUACUUCUUCGACGACGCUGCCACCCCAGCCGGAACCUCCCAGCUGACCGCUAACCCAUCGGCCAACAACUUCUACUAUGAGAAGACUUGCAUUCCAAACGUGUCUGCCCAUGAGGCCUGCACCUACAGAUCGUUCUCCUUCGAGCGCGCUCGCAACACUCAAUUGGAAGGUUUCGUCAAGAAAUCUGUCACCGUUAAGAACCGCGAGCACUGUCUCUCGGCUUGUCUUAAGGAGAAGGAGUUUGUCUGCAAAUCUGUCAACUUCCACUAUGAAAACUCUCUUUGCGAGUUGUCGGUAGAAGACAAGAGAUCCAAACCAACCCAUGUUCGUAUGUCCGAGGGAAUCGACUACUAUGAUAACAACUGCUUGUCCCGUCAAAACCGUUGCGGACCAUCCGGUGGAAACUUGGUCUUCGUGAAGACCACCAACUUCGAAAUCCGCUAUUACGAUCAUACCCAAUCCGUUGAGGCCCAGGAAUCCUAUUGCCUUCAAAAGUGCCUGGACUCCUUGAACACUUUCUGCAGAUCUGUUGAGUUUAAUCCAAAGGAGAAGAAUUGUAUUGUCUCCGAUGAGGACACUUUCUCCCGUGCCGAUCAACAAGGACAAGUCGUUGGAAAGGAUUACUAUGAGCCAAUUUGUGUUGCUGCCGAUUUGUCCUCCUCCACCUGCCGUCAACAAGCCGCCUUUGAGAGAUUCAUCGGGUCAUCCAUCGAGGGAGAGGUUGUUGCUUCUGCUCAAGGAGUCACCAUCUCGGACUGUAUCUCGCUUUGCUUCCAGAACCUCAACUGCAAGUCCAUCAACUACGACCGCACCGCUUCCUCCUGCUUCAUCUACGCCGUCGGCCGCCAGGAUGCCAACAUCAAGGCCAACCCAUCAAUGGACUACUACGAGUUCAACUGUGAAUCCCAAUUCGGAGGAAUGGCUCUCUGCACCAACGAGGGAAUCCGAUUCAUCGUCAACACCAAAGAACCAUACACUGGAGCCAUUUACGCCGCCGAGAGAUUCUCCACCUGCUCCCAAGUCGUUGAGAACGCCAAACAGAUCUCUAUCACCUUCCCACCACCAACUGUCACUUCUGACUGCGGAACUGUUAUCCGUGAUGGAAAGAUGGAAGCUCUCGUUGUUGUCUCCCUCGACGGAGUCCUCCCACAUCAAGUCACCACUGAAUGGGAUCGUUUCUACCGUGUCUCUUGCGACGUCUCUAUGGAUAAGAUGGUUAAGGAAGGAUCGGUAGUCGUCACCACCAUCUACGAAGCCUCCUCUCAGAACACCACCGUCUUGGAUGUCGCCACCCCACCACCAGUCACGGCUGAGCUUCAGAUCCUCAACCAACUCGAGGAGCCACUUCACAAGGCCUCUAUCGGAGAUCCACUCCUUCUUGUGAUUACCUCCGAACAAGCUGGACCACACAACAUGAUGGUUACUGAGUGUACUGCUACUCGUGUCGGCGGAUUCGGAGAUACUGUUCCAUUCACCCUUAUUGAGAAUGGAUGCCCAAGAUAUCCAGCACUAGUUGGACCAGUCGAGCAAGACUUUGAUAAGAAUCGUCUGAAAUCUGACCUCCGCGCUUUCCGUCUCGAUGGAUCUUAUGAUGUUCAGAUUGUGUGCUCGAUUAUGUUCUGUGCCGGACCAAACGGAUGUCCAGUGUCCAACUGUUUGGAUUCUGGAACCAACGAGUUGUUCAUGUCCCACGGAAGAAAGAAGAGAUCCGUUGAUUUGGAGGCUGGAGAGACCGAGGAGAGACUAUCCGCUAUUAUUCGAGUCUUCGCCAAGGGAGAGGAUGAGGAGGAGAUAGAGAUGGGAAACAACACUUUGAUGACAAGCCUCGCCGAGUCCACCGAUCUUCUCUGCAUCGCUGAGCCAUUCUUCGUGAGUUCCGUCGUCUCGCUCUCCGUCCUCUGCUUCGCCCUCUCCGCCAUCAUUGCCAUCUGGGGAUGCCACGCUCUUCACGCCAAACCAACCAAACAAGUCGCCGCCUAA